AUGUCCACCGUCGCCAAUAGGCUCAUCUCAAGCAUGAUUGGUGCAGUGUUUCUGCUCUCGCUCUGCAUUUCGAUGCUCACCUUUUCGGUCUCGGCGUCCGAGGAGCUCGGACCUCAUCAGGACCACCGUCUCGAAAGCUGGAACAGCGGCGACUCGAUGAUGCGUCGUACUACAAAGGCCCAUCGUCCAGUCUUCGACCGCUGGAGCAACUGCCCUCACGGCUGUCCCUUCAGCAUGGAUAUGAUGCAGGGCGAGGUCGAUCAGCACACAAUCGAGGAUCACGAGAUAGAAGGAAACGAUGUGAACUCUGGCGUUGUCUUCGUCGUAGCUGGCCGCGGCGUAAGCUAUAAAAACUUCGCACCCGAUCACAAUGGCGCCAAGGCGUGGGGCAAAGCAUGCAAGCAAGCCGUUUACGAGGCCUACUCGAGGAAACCCUUUCGGCUCGACAGUAGGCGCGACUACCUCUCCACCUACAACACGGGAUGCAUUCAGUCGAUGUGCACAACGACGACUGGUGUGCUGCUUGGCUCCUGCACCCUCAUCUCCGUCGACGCUGGAACACUCAAUAACGCAAAGAACGUGGAGACAGGUUUCGACCUCAGCCACCUGACUCUGAAGCGGAUGAGGCACGUCAGCAGGAUCAUGUCGGUCAAAGACCUCUAUACAGCGCCCCAACAACUGAUGAAGGGCAAACGUUCAGUGACUGCCCCUGUGCUUUUCUCGAGUCUCAAGGAACACCCUUGA